AUGCCAGUACCAGUCGGCUCAAUGCCUCAAGGGGCGCAUGGCCCUUCAACAUUAGACAAGCGUAGGGCUCUGACCGUCGGCCUGAUCAUUGGCUUCAUCUUCGGCUUCACCAACAUCGUCCGCUUCGGCCCUGGACCCAACGGAAUGCUGCGCACACUAGGCCAAUAUAUGAUGGGAUCUGCUGCGACCUUUGGCUUCUUCAUGGCCAUUGGCACCACCAUCCGGACGGACAGCUCCCCCAUCGCUACACAAGCUUUCGCCAGCGCUCACCGAAGACCCAUGAUCCUCCCAAGAAAAUACCAAUACCCCCGCGCUGCUCAAACUGAGAAAAUUUGA